AUGGUGGGAGGCUCGUUCGUGGAGACGCUACCCUCUCCUCAGACCUCCAGAGGGCCCAGCAGGUCUCCGUCCGACCCCAGCUCCAGCAUGCUCCUCCUGGGCCGCGGCCGGGACUCCUUCCCCCUGUCCAGCCCCUCCCUCCGGAUCUCCACCUCCAUCCCCUCCCUGCCCCAACCUCCCCCUCACCAGACCUCUACCCUUUCCACCCCCCAGUGGGGUGACCCCCUCCUCCUCGAGAAGGCGGGCAGUUGCUCCCCCCGUACCCCUCGCUCCCCCCACUCCACCGUUUCUUCUCGCUCCCUUCGCUGUCCCCACUCCCCCAGCUCACCCCGCUCCUCACCCCGUUCUUCACCCCGCUCUCCGAGGAGGACUAGAUCCUGUGGGCGAGGUGAGCCUUGUGGGCGAGCUGAGCCUUGUGGGCGAGGUGAGCCCUGUGGGCGAGGUGAGCCCUGUGGGCGAGGUGAGGGCUGUGACUGGAUGAUGAAGAUACUGGCUGGAGGCUCUGGGAGGAUAGGCUCUGUGGCGGAGCUCUGCCAGGGGGCCCUGCAACAUGCUAUAGAGGUGGUGUGGGCAGAACGCUGUUUUCUGUCUCUGCUCCGACAGGACCAGGAUGGAUGUAGGGGAUUGGUCCAGGUGGUUUCCCUGACGACGCCGGGCUGCGUGAGGGAAGAGUCUUCCAGCAACCAUGCCCACCAGGAGCUGGUGAAGGGCAUCCUGGGAUAUGUAGUUGCCACAGGGAUGCCCAUGAACAUGACAGGAGAUAUCUGUGAGUGGUUUACCUCAGGUCGAGGGGAGGAGGGGGGAGGAGGGGGACGGUCUGUGUCUCCUCUCAGUGGUUUACCUCAGGUAGAGUGGUUUACCUCAGGUAGAGGGGAGGUAGGGGGAGGAGGGGGACGGUCUGGGUCUCCUCUCAGUGGUUUACCUCAGGACCCCAGGUUCACCACAGACGAGGACCAGAGGGCAGGUUUCAAACUCAAGAGUGUCCUGAGUGUCCCGAUUAAGAACAGUAGACAGGAGGUUCUAGGAGCAGCUCUGGUGCUGAACAAGAGGAUCAGUGAUGAUGUCCAGGGUUCUCUGUUCACAGACCAGGAUGAGAAGGUCCUGGCCUGUCACAUGGGUCUGCUCGGGCUGGUCCUGGACAAUGUUCAGCUGUUUGAGAGUUCCAGACAGGAAGCCAACCGAUGCCAGGUGUUGUUGACCCUGGCCAGGCUGCUGUCAGAGGAACAGAAGUCGAUGGAGAAUCUCCUGGGCAAGAUGGCUGCCACCAUCCUGCCUUUCGCACGGGCUCAGUACUGUACCAUUUUCAUCGCCAGGGACAGACCCAAGAACUCCUUCUCUGGGCUGGUCCAUAUGGAGGGAGAAGAACAAGGGUCAGAGUUCCAGAUCUUUCAAAGAGACUGCACCCUCUCGAACAUAGACCUGACCCACGCCCUGCAGGUGUUGGUCUCCAAGGAGACAAUGAACGUGUCCGGCGCCGAUCAGGACCCCCCCACGGGUAGUCUGGUCUGCUGCCCGAUCAGAAACGGGAAGACAGGAAAAAUCAUUGCCGUCUGCCAGCUGAAGAACAAACUGGGCCCUGGCGAGGCGGAGACGGGCAGGGCGUUUAACCGUUAUGAUGAGUGCCUCCUAGAGGACUUUGCGGUGUACUGCGGCCUGGCCCUGCAGACCGUCCAGACCGUCCAACGGAUAGAGUACCAACGAGCCAGCCAGGACGUUACCCAAGAGGUUCUGUCCUACCACCUUACUGCAGCUCAAGAGGAAAUCCGAGCGUUGCAGGUGACCGAAGCUGAAAUCCCCUCUGCCCAAUCACUGCGUAUCCUGGACUUCAGCUUCUCUGAUUUCGGCCUAUCAGAGGACUCCACGGCUCAGGCCACAGUUAGAAUGUUCCUGGAUCUCAACCUGGUACAGGAUUUCAACAUCGACUACAAGUGUCUCUGUCAGUGGGUUCUGAGUGUAAGGCGUGGUUACCGUAGCAACGUGCCCUACCACAACUGGAGUCACGGCCUCAGCACCGCUCAGUGUAUGUUCGCUAUGUUGAUGUCUACAGACCAGCUACAGUCUAAUUUAUCUCGUCUGGAGGUGUUGGCUCUGAUGAUAGCCACUCUGAACCACGACCUGGAUCACAGAGGAGUCAGUAACUCCUACAUAGAGAGGACUCAGCAGCCUCUAGCCCAGCUGUAUGGAACCUCCUCUCUGGAGCAUCAUCACUAUGACAUGUGCCUCUUCAUCCUCAACAACCCGGGAAGUCAGAUCCUCAGUGGUCUGUGUCCUGAUGACUACAGGACAGUGUUACCCAUGAUAGAGAAAGCCAUCCUGGCUACGGACCUGGCUGUCUACAUGGAGAGGAGGGCAGAGUUCUUUGAACUGGGUCAGAGAGGAGUGAGGUGGGAGGAGGACAGGCACAGAGACUUACUAAGGUCGAUGCUGAUGACAGCCAGCGACAUUGCUGCCAUUACAAAGCCUUGGCAUAUUCAGAAGAGGACAGCUAAGUUGGUGGCAUCAGAGUUUUUCGCUCAAGGAGACCGAGAGAAGGAAGAGUUCAACAUCAAACCUGUCGACAUGAUGAACAGAGACAACAGCACUCGUCUUCCUCACAUGCAGGUCAACUACAUCGAUGGGAUGUGCCAUCCCUUAUACCAGACUCUUUCUGGGAUGUUUGACUCCUGUUCUCCACUGUUGGACGGCCUCAUGAGGAACAGAGAGAAUUGGAUGCUGCUGGCCGAGACGGGGGAGGAAGGAGGAGGAGAGGAGGAAUAGAGAGAUGAAAGAGAGGAACAGAGAGAACUGUAUAAUGACUUCGUUGUUUGUGUGAGAAUCAAGA